ACGAAUUUUGAUUCAACUUUUAGAGAGACUGUAAGGAAUGCUAAGAAUUAUUUCUCUAGUUGCUCUGGUGACUAUGACUGUCACUGUGGAGCCAUACGUGACCCUUGCGCAAAAUUCAAAUGUCACAAUGGAGGAUCUUGUAUUGCCCCAGCGGAUGUACCGUAUUGCGUCUGUCCAGAAUAUGUGACCGGAAGUCACUGCCAAACAAUUGCAAAGUCAGGCACACGUAAUCCCUGCAGAUAUUAUAGAUGCGCCCACGGUGGCACCUGUGUCAUGGAGGGCAAGAAACCUAAGUGUAAUUGUACCAGUAGCUAUACAGGACUACACUGUCAUUAUAGUGUCCAAAUAAAUAAACGUAGACCUUGCCUAAACCUCACAUGUCUGAAUGGAGGUAACUGCACCUCUCCUGCUGAUGUUCCUGUCUGUACAUGCCGUCCAGGUUUUUUCGGAAACAGAUGUGAAUUUCACCGUGAUCCAUGUUUCAACUUUGAUUGCAAAAACGGAGGGAACUGUUCUGCUCCAGCUGAUGCCCCAUUCUGUAAAUGCCCCAUUGGUUUUACGGGCAACAAAUGCCAGAUAAGAAUUGAACCGAGAGCUCGUUGCCCGAUAGUUUCUCCAGGAGCCAAUGACGUCUGUGGUGGAGUCUUCUGUGUACUGGACAAUGAGUGCAAACCUGAACAGAAAUGUUGUCACAGCACUUGUGGUGGAAAAAUUUGCAAAAAUGUCAGUGUUGGCUAAUGUGUCAUUUGAUUUGUUUCGGUUUCUAGGCUGUCAUAACAUGUAAUGUUUAAGUAACGGAAUACUGCUUGUAAUGACUGCUUGAAAAGCUAAGUAAAUCAAAGAUUGUUUGAAGUUAUUAAAGAUGCAGUCAAUAAUUAAUUGUUUCGUUCAGUUCCCAGGGUUAAUGCAUGACAUGAAAGUAUUAAAAACACUCA